AACAGAGACACUGAUCAUCUAUAUAGUGAGGUUAUUUCAAUUUUCGGCGCAAUGGGCGUUUCUUUAAACUUUUAUUAUGUAACGUUAAAUAAAAGUUAUAAAAACGACAAAACUGUCACAAUGUAAAUUGCACUCGGUUUCGUUUCCACGAAACGACGAAACGACGAAACGAUAAAAUAUCGGUUCAACAUUAGGUUGUUGGUUAUGUUAAAGAGUGUAUUGGAAUCUAUAUAUAUAUAUAUAUAGCAAGUAUUUCCACGUUACUUUCAGUAACAAGAAAAUGGAUCGGUAAUUAUUGAACAACAUAUUUUUAUCAUGGUAUUUGUCCUUUGCUCGAGCAGAAUUUCCCGAAGCGUCUGUUUGUCGUCAUUGAAAUUAUCCGUCACCAAGUAUUCCAGCGAGGCCACGUCAACCGCACAAAAAUUGAUCGCAAAGAUUGAAAAGCAUCGGAAAACUUUACCGAACACGAAAAGUUUACAGGAUCGGACAGUUUCGUCAGAUUUAAUCGAUUCUGAGGAUGAUCGAAGGUCCGUUGUAUCUGUGGCCUCUAGAGAGCAGGAAAUUGAGAAAGGGCCGGUUUCAAACGACGAACGAGAAUGGCAAUACAUGGAAUUGGAUUCUAGCAAACUUAAAAGGCAUUGCUUUAUGCUAUCAAAGAUUAGAUUGACUUCAUUGGUAGUAAUAACAACGAUGAGCGGAUACGCGCUAGCUCCCGGACCUUUUGACGUUUCUACGUUUGUCGUAUGCUCUGUUGGAACUGGAUUAGUUUCGGCAACAGCAAAUGCUAUUAAUCAAUUUUUUGAAGUUCCUUUCGACGCCCAGAUGUCAAGAACGAAAAAUAGAGUAUUAGUCAGAGGUCAUUUAACCCCAGGCCAGGCAAUAUUUUUUGCUGCGGUAUCGGGUGUCAGUGGACUGGUAUUAUUAUAUAGUCAAGUUAACGGAUUAACAGCCGCUUUGGGUGCUGCUAAUUUAGUUCUUUACACUCUUAUAUAUACUCCGAUGAAACGAAUUAGUAUUUUAAAUACGUGGGUAGGCUCUAUAGUUGGAGCUAUACCACCGUUAAUGGGCUGGGCUGCUUGCGUUGGUGAUAUAACAUCUCCUGGUGCUUGGAUAAUGUCGGGACUAUUAUAUGCAUGGCAGUUCCCACAUUUCAACGCUCUCUCGUGGAAUUUGAGACCGGACUACUCCCGCGCUGGUUACAGAAUGAUGGCAGUCACGAAUCCGAAACUUUGUCGAACAACAGCGUUACGUUACACCGCUCUAUUAACGAGUCUUUGUUACUUGGCACCUGUUUUGGAUGUGACGAAUUGGUGGUUUGCCAUCGCAUCGACCCCGCUAAACGCAUAUUUUCUUUAUCUUGCUUGGAACUUUCAUAAACGCUCCGAUAGUGCAAAUUCACGCAAACUUUUUCACUUCUCGCUGAUCCAUUUACCUGUGCUCAUGAUAUUCAUGCUUGUAAAUAAGAAACGUUGGUACAACGACAAGAAAGAGAAGGGAGGCUCGACGAUUCGCGAAGAAAAAGAGAGCAACGUUAACAGAAUUUUAACAAAACUGAUUACAUCCUCUACAACAUCGUAACGGUGACGAUGACUACGAUGUAUAUAGAAAUGGUUAAAAUAGUGAAUUAUUUAAGCCAGCUGUGGCGCACGUACGCAUCGUGUACAAAAACCGGAGUAGUCUGCAACAAGAAAACCUGUCGACAAAAUAUUUUCUAGCAUAACUAUAAAAAUUGUAAAUAGUAAUAAUCAGAUUAAGUGUACGAUCGCGUUACGUGUCGUUGGUAAAUGAUUGUAGUUACCAGUUGUUCACGAAUAACCAAUAUAUUUGAUGCCUUUCUUGACAA